AUGCUUCACUUCCAGCAGAACAAAAUGAACAAAGAGAGCUUGGAGCUUCUGAAGAAAAGGAACAGAAAUUUCCCCUCACAAUGCAUAAAUGAAAGGGCAGCUUUCAAGCCCACCCAGGAUGUUGUCUAACUUCCAGUGUCACAAAAGGAGAAUGCCAAGGUGGCAAUCCAAGAGAUCCUCCAAGAUAUCUUCAACAUCUUCAAAAACCUCACCCAAAGUGCCUGGGAUGGGACUUCCAGAGUCAGGUUCCAAAGUGGACUUUACCAGCAAAUUCAGGGGCUGGAGGCAUGUUUGAGAGCACAGAUGAAGAAGGACUUAACCAACCCAGAAAGUAAGGACCUCCAGCUCACCAGUCAAAGAGUGAAACAAUACUUUCAUGGGAUAGAUGCUUUCCUGAAAGAAAAGCAAUACAGCCUGUGUGCCUGGGAGAUCAUUCGCAUGGAAAUACCCAGCUGUUUUGUACUGGUUGACAAACUCACAAGAAGACUUAGUAACUAA